AUGAACGACGAGACUCAAUUUACAGAAAGAGCUUUAACGAUAGUUACGCUAGCACAGAAGUUAGCACAAGAUCACCAACAUGCUCAAUUGCAACCAAUCCACUUUCUUGCAGCGUUUGUGGAAACCCCCGAAGAUGGUUCAAAGCCUUACCUGGAGAAUUUGAUCGAAAAGGCCAGGUACGAUUAUGAUACGUUUAGAAGAGUAGUGAACAGACAUCUGGUGCGGAUUCCACAGCAAAACCCAGCUCCUGCACAAGUUACUCCAAGCUACAGCACGGGCCAGGUGUUGCAAGAAGCUAUCAAGAUACAGAAACAGCAAAAAGACUCCUUCAUCGCUCAGGACCACAUUCUGUUUGCGCUUUUCACCGAUUCUAGCAUACAACAGAUUUUCAAGGAAGCGCAGGUGGAAAUUGAGGCCAUAAAGCAACAGGCCCUGGAAAUGCGUGGCAACCAGAAGAUUGACUCGCGUGGCGCCGACACCAGCACGCCUUUAGAGUAUUUGUCCAAAUACGCCAUUGAUAUGACGGAACAGGCGCGCGAAGGUAAGAUCGAUCCGGUCAUCGGGCGUGAAGAAGAGAUCAGAAGCACAAUACGAGUUCUAGCCCGGAGAAUCAAGUCGAACCCUUGCCUCAUCGGUGAGCCUGGUAUUGGUAAGACUGCCAUCAUUGAGGGCGUAGCCCAAAGAAUCAUUGACGAUGACGUUCCAACAAUUCUACAAGGAUCUAAACUUUUCAGUCUAGACCUUGCCGCUCUCACGGCCGGCGCCAAGUACAAAGGUGACUUUGAAGAGAGACUAAAGGGUGUUUUGAAGGAAAUUGAAGACUCAAAGACUUUGAUUGUCCUUUUCAUCGAUGAAAUUCACAUGCUUAUGGGCAACGGCAAAGACGACGCGGCCAACAUUUUGAAACCGGCGUUGUCCAGAGGACAACUUAAGGUAAUUGGUGCAACGACCAACAAUGAGUACAGAUCGAUCGUUGAAAAAGACGGCGCUUUUGAGAGAAGAUUCCAAAAAAUUGAUGUACAAGAGCCUAGUGUGAGACAGACCGUGGCAAUUCUUCGUGGUUUGCAACAGAAGUACGAGAUUCAUCAUGGUGUGAGGAUUUUGGACAGCUCUUUAGUUACUGCGGCCCAGCUCGCAAAGCGUUACCUGCCAUACCGGAGAUUGCCUGAUUCCGCACUCGAUCUAGUGGAUAUCUCGUGUGCCGGCGUUGCUGUGGCAAGAGAUUCGAAGCCGGAAGAACUGGACUCUAAAGAACGUCAACUUCACCUUUUGCAAGUUGAAAUUAAGGCUUUAGAGAGAGACGAAGAGGCGGAUCCUACCACUAAGGAAAGGCUGCAGCAGGCGAGGCAAAAGGAGGCCUCCUUAAAGGAGGAGCUGGAGCCUUUGAGACAGAGAUACAAUGAAGAAAGACAAGGCCACGAAGAACUCACAAAGGCGAAAAAGAAGUUGGAUGAAUUGGAAAACAAAGCUUUGGAUGCUGAGCGUCGCUACGAUACCGCGACUGCGGCUGACUUAAGAUAUUUUGCCAUUCCUGACAUCAAAAAACAAAUUGAGGAGCUUGAGAACCAAGUGGCAGAAGAGGAAAGACGGGCAGGCGCAGGCGCUAUGGUCCAGAACGUGGUUGACAGUGAUACCAUUGCAGAGACCGCUGCGAGAUUGACAGGCAUUCCAGUCAACAAAUUGACAGAGUCUGAGAAUGAAAAAUUGAUCCACAUGGAAAGAGAACUCUCCUCUGAGGUUGUUGGACAGAUGGAAGCGAUCAAAGCUGUCUCAAAUGCUGUGCGGCUAUCGAGAUCAGGUCUCGCAAAUCCUCGGCAGCCCGCCUCGUUUCUUUUCCUGGGAUUGUCGGGAUCUGGUAAGACGGAACUUGCCAAGAGAAUUGCUGCUUUCUUGUUUAACGACGCUGACGCUAUGAUCAGAGUCGAUUGUUCUGAGUUGAGCGAAAAGUACUCGGUUUCGAAGCUUCUUGGUACCACUGCGGGAUACGUUGGGUAUGAGGAAGGUGGUUUUUUGACCAACCAAUUGCAGCGCAAGCCAUACUCGGUCCUAUUGUUCGACGAGGUGGAAAAAGCCCAUCCUGAUGUGCUAACCGUCAUGUUGCAAAUGCUGGAUGACGGCAGAUUGACAUCAGGUGCGGGAAAGACGAUUAACUGCUCGAACUGUAUUGUCAUUAUGACCUCAAACCUAGGAGCCUCUUUCAUCAACGCUCAGCCUGGCGCAAAGAUUGAAGAAUCGACGAAGGGACUUGUCAUGGGCGCCGUCAAGCAGCACUUCAGACCCGAAUUUUUGAACAGAAUUUCGAGUAUUGUGGUGUUCAAUAAGCUGUCGCACAAGGCCAUUCACCGCAUUGUCGACAUCAGAUUGAAGGAAAUUGAGGAACGAUUCGAGGAAAAUGACAAGCACUACAAACUCGAUGUUUCACCCGAAGCCAAGUCGUUUUUGUCGAAGUAUGGCUACUCCGAAGACAUGGGCGCGCGGCCACUCAACCGGUUGAUCCAGAACGAGAUUUUGAACCGCAUGGCCCUCCGCAUCUUGAAGGGACAGAUCAGAGACAAAGAAACCGUGCACGUUAUUUUGAAGAAGAAGAAGGAGCACGAGGGUCUGGACCAAGAAUUAGAGGUCUUGCCUAAUCACGAAAAUGGCGAUGUCGACAUGGACGUUGACAACGGGUGGGACGACAUCGAAGACGAAAUCGACGACGCCACACCUCUCGACUAA